ACACGGAGCGCGCACACAUGUCCCGCGGACUCUUUAUGCGUGGAGCCCCAGAUUAGGCGCUCCCACGUCCGGGAAUGACAGCCGCUGUCACCGCGAGUGACAGCUUUCACUCUGGCCUACUGCAGUGAUCCACCGAACCACUGACGGUUUGACACAUCCGACUCCGGUCCGGAUCGGAUCCACCACAGACGGGGACUAUGCCAGAGAUGGAGAAAGGGAGACCACCAGAAAGUAAACGCAGCAGGAAACCCGCGCAUCCCGUAAAGAGGGAAAUUAACCAGGAGAUGAAGACUUUUGCAGAAAGCACUAUGAAUGAGCUCCUAGGAUGGUACGGCUAUGACAAAGUGGAUCUUCGAGAUGCUGAGGCCAACGAGAUCAGGAACUACAGGGAGAGACGCCAGCAUGUAUCUGUGUUGAAAGAAAACUCUUUGCCAAAACCCAAGACCCUCGACAGCAAAGUCAGUCACACGGUCCUCGCUAUGAAGAGUGUCGAGAGGGAAUCAUUCACUGUUCCCUCAUCUUCGUCUUCAUCAACAAGCACCUCCUCAAGCACGGCCAAGGAGCACAAGAGUGCACCCGUGAUUGUGCCACUCAUAAAGCCAUCAGCAGUGGAUGACGUACAAAAUGUACAGAUCGUGUGCGUUUGGUGCCAAAAAGAAGGUGUUAAGCGCUACUCUCUAUGCAUGGGUUCUGAGCUCAAGAGCUUCUGCAGUGAAAAGUGUUUUGCCGCCUGCAGACGGGCCUACUUCAAGCGCAAUAAGGCCAGAGACGAGGACCUCCAUGGGGAGAGAUCUCCCCAGCACCCUCAUACAGAGGACACACCAAGGCUGGUGAUGAAGAUAAACAGCAAUGUUAGAUCUCUCUCUCCUGUGUUGCAGGUGUGUGAUUGGUGUAAACAUGUCCGCCACACGAAAGAAUACCUUGAUUUUGGAUCUGGCGAAGAGCGACUUCAGUUCUGCAGCACCAAAUGUCUGAAUCAGUACAAGAUGGAUGUGUUCUACAGAGAAGCACGUGCGGCUCUUACAUGCUCCAGCCCAGCUAGGGCUGGACAGGAGGGGAGGUCAGAUCAUAAUCUUGUUGGGCAAAAGCUUCUCACUCCAGAGUCUUGGAACAAUGGUAGCAGUACAGGCGAAGCACUUCAAAGAGACAAAUCGCCAAAGGGCCCUACACCAAUCCCGGGUUCAUCAGAAUCAUCCUCGAUAUCUCCAUCAGAGUCAUCAUCUUCUAAGCUUCCUGUCAGUGGGCAGAGAAGUCUUGACAGGCCCAUCCAACCUCCUCCACCUCCUCCUGCUGUAGAGGUGUCACCUCAUUCUGCACUAAUUCCUCCUCCUCUUCCACGCCACCCUCUAGAACAUUCACCAAUUCCCCAGUUGCGAAUGCCCUUCAUUAGACCUCCUCUUCAUGCCCAGGGCCUUAGAAGCCCCCUUGCUAAUAACCACCAUCCAAGACCUCCUGGUCCCUCUUCUAGCCCCAUCCACAGACCCGCUCCCUCUCCGCACCUGCAGCCUCCCACUUCCUCCUCUAUUAACCCACCAGGAUUGAUGCAUCCUCUCCCUCGGCACUACUACCCUGGUUUGCACUCUCCUCCACUUAUGCUACCAAGAGGCCCUGUGCCAAUGCCUCCUAUAAUGAACUUUGGCAUUCCUUCCUUUAGCCCCCUCCUACCCCAGCCCACAGUCCUGGUACCGUACCCUAUUAUCGUUCCCCUUCCAGUCCCAAUACCAAUUCCAAUACCCAUUCCAGUCCCUCCAAAAAGAAAUCUUGAAACCCCAAAUCAUACUGGUGUUAUACAACCUGUGCCAGAGGGAAUAGACAGAUGUAGAUCGAUACCUGCAAGGUUUCCUUCUCCUGGGAUUCCUGAAGGAAACAGCCAAUUGCUACACCACAGAAUAAGUGGAAAUGUGCCUCAUAGUCUCCCUUCACCCAGUGACCCCAAUUCCAAAGACAUAGGUUGGGUUAAAUCAGAGAGGCCAUUCUCGUCCCCAUCAUUGAUGUGCCACAGUGGGUCAUUGUCCCCACGAGCACAGUAUAACACAUCGCCCUCCUCUGCACGCAGCUCAGAAGGUCAGAUGGACUAUAAACAACAACAGCACUCAGAAAGACAAGUUAUACAGAGGGUUCUCCAGAGAACACAGGUGAAGGUAGAACCCAAUGUUAAAACAGCUGUAGACCUUUUGGGGAUAGAGGAGUCAGGUUCUAUGCAGGGUACCAGAUCAGGUCUCAGUAGAUCUAGCCCACCUCCACCAUCAUCACAGCCCUCUUCACAUGACACUAUAUACCAACAUCAGGACUGCCACACCUCACCGUCACGCAUACCAACAAUCCCUACAGUGAACAACAACCAAUAUGAUUCUUUGACUUCUGCCCCUAAAUCUCAAAACCAUGGUCCAAAUGGGAUUUCCUCAGUGCUAUCCAUAGCCUGCUCGGGCUCAGCCUUACCCCAGAAAGUACCCAUAUCACCCGCAGAUCCUGCAUUAACUGAGUUGGAAUCCAUAAAAGAAAACAAGUGCUCAGUUGUCUGCCCUGUCCGAGUUGAGGGCCAAGUUAACCAAACAGAAGAACCUUCAGCAGUAGUUAGGGAUGCAGGAGACGACCCACACUUGCCAGAUGAGGACCAUGCCUAUGCCCUACCCACUGCACCAAAGAUUGGUGGGACCACCACCCCACUGCUCUUGCCCAAACUCAGGGACAAGGGUAGCUUAAGGAGCCCUGCUAAUACACCCAGUGCUGGAGACAUGGAGCCAGCUCUAAAGAGAAGAUGCCUACGAAUCCGUGAUCAAAACAAAUAACAUAGUGGAUGAACAGCACCCCUGUUCAACACAGUAUGGCAGUGCCAGAUUCAGUACCCCGCCCUCGUGUGGACGGCGCCAGUGCUAACACCUUCUUGCCUGCUCCCCACAGCCCACCAGUGUAGCACGGCCUGUGGACCAGCAGGGUGCCAAAGCAGAAAGACCAGAUGGUCAUGUGACGUCUAUGGGCGGGUGGAGGUGGGGGGAGGGGGGGGGUAGAUGGCACAACACCAUCACACAUUUCGGACCAAAAAAAAGUGUCACAGGGUAGUGUGUUCUGUUGUGUCCAAGGAGCGUUUGAUACAAACCAUCUUUUCACGUCUUGUCAGACAAUCCCCUAAAGCGUGUUGAUGUUUGUGCCCUGUCCUCCUAACCCCCCUCCUCCUCUUCCUUGCUCCACACAGCAGACAAGGCACUGAUCAGCCUUGUGUGGUCUUCUCAGAUGGAGUCUGAACAUGAUCUCUUUCCAGGGGAAACGGCUUGUUUUCUCUGCCCAGCUUGCACAAAGAGCCACAUUGUUCCUCUCCCCAUAUACCACACAGACUCCCCGAUCCAGGUUUUGGGUUACCUGGCCGAAAGGGGGCUCAGACUUCAGGAGGAGAGUUUUAUUUUUUUUUUAAUGACAGCUAGAAAUAUAGGAUAACCUACUCUCCUCCAUCUCCUUGCCCAAUCUAAAUACACCAAGACUUGAUUUCUGAGGUAUUCAUCAAGUUCUUUCUCUGCCAGUCAGGGAGUGGUAAAAAAAAAAUCACAGAGGAAUUUUGGGCUAAAGACUGAUGACUGAGCAGUGAGACAAGAUGUCUGAAUUAGAUACAUGUAAAAUAAUGUAUAAAGGCAAAGAAUUUAAGAGGGCUGCCUACUGUUACACAGUAGCUAGGAUUUGAUCACUCCAGUGGUCCUGAUGAUGCGGGCCAUAGAUGAUGUUUAAAGACCCUGCCCAUCAAUGUUGGCCUGAUCUUUUUAGAUGGACAUUUGAUUUGACAUUUCCUUCAUCUACUACAAAGAAAAAUAGACAUUUUCUUUUUUGAACAAGGGAAUUCUCAUAUGCAGCAGAAUAUGCUGCCUUGGAAUUGUGUGCAUGUUACCCAACAUCCCACAGCGCCUCUUCUGGUUUCAGCCAGGUAGCGCAAUGAUUAACACUAAUAUCCACACAAUUAACCGUAAUCAAUUAUUUGUUAUUUAUGCCAAAUUUUUUUUUUCACUUUCUAUGCCAUUGCCAUUGAUUCUGCCUUUUUAAAAAGGCUGUUAUGAGAUGAUUCCAUGAAAUAACAGGCUUUAUUUAUUAUUAUUAUUCUUUUAGCCAAAUGUGGUGUUACAUUUAAAAAAAAAAAAAAAAAAAAUCAGAUGCUGUAGUAUGCAGCGAUCAGUAUUACAAGUCCCUCUUUUGGGAACCAGUCAUGAAAAUCCAGCCAGAUACUACGUCCAUUUUUUUCCCCUAUAGUUGAUCACAGAUUUGUGUUAUAAUAACUUAUGGAGACGCAUAGAUUUAUACAAAAGCAUUUUUAUUUGUGUCAUCGUCACAUGAGGUAUGUGAGAGUUUCGAAGCUCUUAAAUCCCCGUUCUGUUGAUGCAGUUGGGGUCCAAAUGUAUACGAACAGUGACAAUAUUUUAAUGCAACACCACAAAAGAGAGUAACGUUGGUAGUGUAUGCGGUGGUUUUAAUAAUGAAUAAAUGAUCAAAACAUUUACUGUCCAAAUACAGUACUGUACUCCUGUAAUCUAGCUGUAUACUGAAUCCCCACUAGAGAGCAGUGUAUGCUUUGGAAAUGUUAUACCUGUCGGUUUGUGAUGAGACAGCACCAAAAUUAUUAACAAUGCCACCAAACUGACAUUAAAUGCCAAAUCUAUUAUCUAGGAUGCAUUUAUUUUACUCGUCUUACUCAUAAAUCACUGUCACAUAAAAAAAAGACCCAAGUGUAUAGUCCUAUUUGAUGGACGAUGUGGCGAGCUCAACUGUUUGAAUAAUCAUAUCCAAAUGUGACCCCCACCUGUGCCAUCAUUCCAGAACUAAAACCACUUAUGUGUGCUCACCCAAGCGUAAGUGUGCCCACUGUGGUAACCCAUGUCACAUCACAUCAGCCCACUCAUUCCAGCCUCCAUGCUCACCACCACAGGUCAUGCCAUAAUUAGUGGAAGUCAUCCUUGGCUGGCCAGGGGACUUGGAUAACAGCCUGUGUGAUUCAGUCCAGAAAAUAAGACAAAAAAAAAAAAAAUAAGAAUCCCGUUCUCACACCAUAGGCCCAAAAAAAUCAAAUACAAGAUUGCCAUUAAUUGUUUGUUGCACAUUUUAGCUAUUGGUUAUAUUUUCCUACCCUUAUGCUUCAUGUGUGCUUACAUUCAUUUGGAUAAAAAGUAAUUUAGUGCCACCGUUUUGUUGCUAUCACACAUUUAGCCAAGGGAUUAGAUUUCACAGAUUGUUUGUAUUUGAACUCUUUGUAAAGACAAAUAAAAGUUAUUCUAUGAGCAACAACCUGUCAUAUUUUUUUUCGUGCCAUUUCCCAAUAUUGAACCGAUGUUUACAUAAUUAACUAAGAGAGCAAGUUGCUAAAGUCUAUUUUUAGUUGCAGCAGCAUGUCAGUGAGGCUGCGCAUCAGCAUUCCUCAAAUACUGAAAGUCAGUGAGUCAAGGCUUUGAAACAGAUUGAUGAGAUAAGGGGGCAGG